GGGGGAGCGGGUGGGGGGCGGCUGCUCCCCCUCCCCAGGUGCUGUGUCCUGCCCCGUGUGGCUUUCCCCAGCCACAACACAGCUGUGACCUCGGCUUCCCGGGGUGACCUGGAGGAGGCUCCCCAUGGGGUGUUGCCCCCAAGAGGGAAGUGGGAAAAGCAGAAGGAGAAGAAGAGGGAAACCUGGAAAUUGGGAUUGGAAGGAUUCAGGGCACGGCUGGGCUGAAGGAGCUGCUGUGACUGAUGCCAGGAGGGGACAGGCAGAUCCCCUGCCUCGAGCUCCUCCUGGGCUGUGGGAGGAGGGAGCCGAGCAGCUUCUCCUGCAGACUCUCAGCAGAUCCAGGCAUGCCUGGCUUAAGGCUUACGCUCCAGGUUGGCGCUUCCAGCCAGCAGCUGCCUCCCAGGGCUGAGCAGAAAUACAGGUUUCAUGGGGAAGGAGGAUGGGGAUUAACCUCGAGGAUGGCAAAAGAAGAGAUUGUUUUUCCCCUCCUGCCAAGAAUCCCACUGGGACUGUGGGGAAAAGCCCAGCAGCAUUCCCAGAAUUGCUGUGUGCGUUUCCCACCGGGCAUUGACCCCUCGGAGCAACCUCAUCCCAGCGGCGAAUCCUUGGGAUCUGUUUGCUCCGGGCAGCGUGGACUCGAAAGCAAAAGCACUUCUGGAAGGCGUCAGCCUCCAGCCACCACGCUCGGUCCCUUCCUGGGGUGGCACACGGUGCUCCGUGAGGGCUCCGAACCCACACACCGCCGCCACCCCGGCGUGCUCCCGCUGCAGGGCUCGGGGCAGGCCGCAGGCGUUUGUUUGCUCCGGCCGCGACGUUGCCCAGUGACGCUGGCUUCCUUCCCCUCGCAGGCUUCUCGGAGUCUCUCAGCUCCACCUCCGCCCUGCGCCUUCGGCGGCUCCGCGCGGCCCAGGCCCGUGGGGAACGCGCUGCCCGCGGGGGAUUGGGGCCGUCAGGCGGCUCCGCGCUCGCCCGUUCGCCUGAGGGCCCGCUCCGCCCGGGGGUCCCGCCGCUGCCCGGCCCCUCGGCUGGGCCGUGAGACGCUGCGGGAUCCGCCGCGGGAUCGGGCCUUGGCCCCGGGCGGGGCCGGCGGAACCGGCAGCGAGCAGCCCAAGCCCAGUGGAGCAGCAGGUGACUGUUCCAAGAUGUCCCUCUGGAACCUCGUGUCCCACAUGCCGCCAGAGGAGUUCAGCAGCCUCUCCACGGAGUUUCCCCGGAGCCUGCGCUGUCUCCUGGCUGAGUGGCUGGAGAACCAGCCCUGGGAGUUCAUCAAUGGCUCAGACGCCUUCUGCAGCAGCAUGGCCAGCAGGAUGCUCUCGGACAUGCUGGAUAAACUCCGCAGCGCUGCCGGCAGCGAUGGGCAGCAGUGCCAGAUCCUGCAGCAAGUCAGCAACAUCGAGAACACCUUCCGCCGGGACCCGCUGCGGCUGGUGGCUGUCGUGAGAGCCAUCCUGGAGGGUGAAAAAGCAGCCGUGCUCAAACGGCACCACCACCUGCCCCUCAGCUUCCACCGGCGGCAGGAGGAGCUGAAGUUCAGCCUGGGGCUGCAGCGGCUGCAGCACCGAGUCCGGGAGAUCCAGGCGCUCCAGGAGGAGGGCUCAGGGCUGGACGGGGCUGUGCAGAGCCCCGUGGCUCCCAGGGAACUGCCCACCCUCAUCCUGGAGGCUGUGAAGGAGCUGGAGGCGGCCAAACAGCAGGUCCUGAAGAGGAUCCAGAUUUGGAAGAGACAACAGCAGCUGGCAGGGAAUGGGGCCAUCUUUGAGGAGAAUCUGGCACCGCUGCAGAAGAGGUGUGAGAACCUGGUCGAGGUUUACUUCCAGCUGCAGCAGCAGGUGAUGGCAGCGAGCACAGAGCUGGGGCCUGAGCUGCUUCCCCGGCUCCUGGAGCGCUUCAAGGAGGUGUUGUCCGGCCUGGUCAAGAGCUCCUUCCUGGUGGAGAAGCAGCCCCCACAGGUGCUGAAGACCCAGACCAAGUUCCAGGCGAGUGUCCGGUUCCUGCUGGGCCCGCAGCUGCUGAAGGCAGCGCCCAAGCCCUACAUGGUGAGGGCUGACAUGGUGACAGAGAAGCAGGCACGGGAGCUGGAGCUCAGCAACUACAGCAACACCCUCAGCGAGAGCACGGGGGAGAUCUUGCACAACACGGUGGCCCUGGAGACCAACCCCACCAGCGGGAACUGCUGCGCCAACUUCAAAAAUGUGCUGCUGAAGAAGAUCAAGCGCUGCGAGCGGAAGGGCUCAGAGUCGGUGACAGAGGAGAAAUGUGCCGUCCUGUUCAGCACCAAUGUCACCUUGACCCCCAGCAACGUCUCCAUCCACCUCCAGGUUCUGUCUCUGCCCAUUGUGGUCAUCGUCCACGGGAACCAGGACAACAAUGCCAAAGCCACCGUGCUGUGGGAUAAUGCCUUCUCUGACAUUGACCGGGUGCCCUUCGUGGUGGCCGAGCGGGUGCCCUGGGACAAGAUGUGUGACACCCUGAACCUGAAGUUCAUGGCAGAGGUGCAGACCACCAAGGGGCUCCUCAAGGAGCACUACUUCUUCCUGGCCCAGAAGAUCUUCAAUGACCACAGCGCCAGCCCCGAGGACUUCCAGAGCCGCCAUGUUUCCUGGGCCCAGUUCAACAAGGAGAUCCUCCCUGGCCGGGGGUUCACCUUCUGGCAGUGGUUUGAUGGAGUCCUGGACCUCACCAAGAGAUGCCUCAAAAGUUACUGGUCAGACAGGCUCAUCAUGGGCUUCAUCAGCAAGCAGUAUGUGUGCAAGCUGCUGAGCAUGCAGCCGGACGGGACCUUCCUGCUGCGCUUCAGCGACUCCGAGAUCGGGGGCGUCACCAUCGCCUACGUCAUGCGGGGCAAGGACGGCUCCAGCCAGGUGGAAAACAUCCAGCCCUUCUCUGCCAAGGAUCUGUCCAUCCGCUCCCUCGGCGACCGCAUCCGGGACCUGGGGCAGCUCCGUAACCUGUACCCCAACAUCCCCAAGGACCAGGCGUUUGGGAGUCACUACAACAAAGAGCAGACUGGCAAGGACGGCCGGGGCUACGUCUCCACUGCCAUCAAGAUGACUGUGGAAAGUGAAAGGGACCAGCAGCCUCCAAGCACCAUGGGGGCCCCCCCCGAGGCCCCCCAGGCACCAAUGUUCAACCUGCCCAUGCUGCAGCACGAGCUGCACUCUGAGAAUCUGCAGCCACUGCUGCCCCCCAUCUGCCCCUCUACUCCAUUCUGCCCCCAGCCCAUGCCCACGGGCUACCCCACGGUUGAGAGCAACAUCAUGAUGGUACCCGACAGGCUCACUCCCCCCUUCCACAGUCCAUCACCGAUUCUCUCACCUCCCUCGCUGUCCCACUGCCAGGACCCUGCCUUCAGGUCUCCCGGACCCUUCAUGCCCAACCAGUACAUGCCCGGGGAGGUCUCGCAGCUGCUGCCUGCGGGUCCCUCUGCGGAGCCGCAGGACGAAGAGAUGCCCGAGCUGCCCCCGUUCCAGCCCGUGGAGGAAGCACCGCUGCAGAGCCCUCCGCGGUGGAUGUCGCCCAACAUGGAUCAACCAUCAGCCUCGGAGUUGGAGCAGCUCCUGGGGGUGCCCCUGGUGCCCCCCUUCGCGCCCCUCCCGCAGCACAGCGGGUACCCCAAUUCCAGCCUGUCCUCCUGGGGGCUGGGGGAGGCGCGGUGGGAUGACAGCAUCCGGCCGGGACACGCGUGAGGGGGCUCUUGUGGCGGGGGACAUCGGACUGGGACCCCCCCCUCCACUCCCUCCCAGCCUUGCCUGGGUUCAUGGACUUGAUCCGACUCCUGCAGGAGUGGAAACUCCAGCUGGGAAAGGCGGGGUUGGGGGGAUUUGGGGUAACCCCCCGUCCCCCCCAUCUCCGUGCAUUGCUGGCCGCCCCCGCCGCUGCCGGGGGUCCGCGGGUGAGGGGGUGCAGGCGCAGGGGCCCCGUCCUGCGUGGGGGGCACCGGCAGCCGCACGCGGUGCCCCCAGCCCACGCCGCCGGGAUGAGUCACCGCGGGGGCGGGAGGCGGCAGCGCGAACGGCGCCGGGGCGGAGGUGCCAGCCCGGUGCCCCCAGCUGGGGGGGGAUACCGGGACCCCUAUGGAGGGGGACACGGCCCCCCUGCACCCCCGCAAUCAGCGCUUGCUUUGGGGUUUUGAGCUGUUCCUCACCCCCACCCCCCCCCUCCAGGCUGGAGCAGGGGGUAGGAAGAUAAGCCAUAAAAUAAAGUUUUAUUCCAAAAUAACAAAAUAAAUAAUCUACUGUACACGGUACAAAGGAAGAGUCGCUAAUGCUCUAAAAAGACACCACACAGUCCUAACGGGGUGGGGGGGGAGCGGUGGGAACCCCGGG